AUGUCCGUCAUCGUGAACGCCAUCAAUGGCAACGGCCGACAGCUUCCGUUGUUUGUGUCUGUGCUACUGUACGCCCUGCUCGUCACCGACCGACGGUGCGUGGCGUUCGAUAUCUUCCCGCCCAACUACGACAUCCGGUAUCGGCUGGAAACUGAUGUUACGCUCGUGCCGGACGUGCACGCCACGGACAACUACAUUUGGUACCUGAAUGGGUACCUGCGGGUGCACCGGUAUGACGCCAAGAAUCUUGCUGCCUCGAUCGAGCUGGACCGCCAUCACAUCCCGCAGAGUGCGGGCGAUGUGUCGGCCCUGCUGGAACCGUUUCGCAUCGCGAUCGCCAACGACACGGUGCUGAGUGUGCUGUUCAAGCAAAACGAACCGAUCUGGGCGGCCAACAUUAAGCGGGCGCUCGCUUCGCUGCUGCAGGCUCACGGCGACGGACCCGGGGCGUACGUCGUCGAUGAGCAGGGCAUUUUCGGUAGCUGCCCGACCGAGUACUUUGUCGUGAACGCGUCGAACGUGUUCGAGAUCUCGAAGACGUACGGCAUGGAUCGGUGCACGAUCUACCGCGGAGCGAUCUACCUAACGCGCAGCAACAUCCCGCAGAACCACUGCAUCCCGAACAAGCAACCGCAGGCGAUCACGUCCCGUAUCGCCAACUACAAGCUGCGCAAGAUCGAGCCUUACCGGUACAUGCUGACCGAACUGGAUGGCACGAUGCGGACAAACAUUCGGACGCUGGAGUCGUACUAUCCACAGUUUCUGUACUCGCGCGUAGUGCUCCGCUACGAGCAGCACCAGGUGCUGGCGGACGAAACGGCCGGUGGUGGACAACCGGCGGUUGACAUCGUCAACGGGAUGGCACUCCUGUUCAGCCCGAUCCUAUUCGAGAGCCCGGAUCUGGAAGCGACCGGCGGCCGUAGCCCGAAGUCAACGGAGCGUCUGAUCAAGCGUACCGCGCAGCUACUGAACGCGAUGGCCGACAAUCUGGAGACGGUGGACAACAAGCUGAACGAACCGUACGACGAGACGGUCUCGGAGAUCAUCCGGCUGAUGGGCACGAUGGACCUGGACACACUGAAGCAGCUGUACGAGGAGAUCGAUCUCGGCACGUCCUACCGGCAGGAGACGGCGCGGAACAUCUUCCUAGAGAUCGUGCCCCGGACCGGCACCCCGUCGACCAUUCUGCUGACCCGCGAUCUGAUCAUGAACAAGCAGGUCAACCCGAUGACGGCGGUACAGCUGCUGAUCUCGCUGCCGUUCUACAUGUCCGAACCGUCGCAGGAGCUGGUGAAGGAGUGCGAAAUGUUCCUGGAGGUCGGCGCCGACCGGCCGGACAUCAAGCACGCGGCCGUGCUGAGCUACGCCACCAUGAUCUACAACACGUUCGUCGCCGGCAAGCUGACGGCGGACACGUUCGAGAAGUACGUCAAGAUGUACUUCGAUCUAUUUCUGAAUAGCUUCGAGUACGAGCAGCAGAUGCUAUACUUGGAGGGGUUGGGCAACUUGCAGCUGGAGAAUGUGGCCGAGUACCUGGACCCGAUUAUCCGAGCGGACUACCCGCAGAACACCGACAUCCGCUUUCUGGCGAUGCUGGCCCUACUUCCGACGGCCCACCUGCGGCCAAACCAGGUGUACGAAACAUACUGGCCGAUUUUCCACUCCCGCACCAGCCCCCUACAACUGCGGGUGGCCGCUUUCACGAUGCUCCUGUUCUCGAACCCCACGCCCGGCCGGUUGCUCGGGCUGUACAGCGUCAUCCGGACGGAGAACGAUCCACAUAUGAUCAACUUCUACCGGACGACGGUGCUCAGCAUCUCCGAGACCACGUACCCCUGCUACCAGCAUCUCAAGCUGCUGCUGGCCUACAUGACCCGCCAGCUGCCGGACGCGCCGGCUCCCAAGUACUGGGUGACCGGAAACUAUCUGUUCGACUAUCGCGACCGCAAGUUCCACAUCGGCUCGAUGCUGCAGACGAUGCUGAUCGGGAGCCACCAGACGGACCUGCCGAUGAUUGCUUCGCUCAAGUUUGACACCGAGGCACUCGGUCGGUUCACCGGCCAGCUUGGGCUCUACAUUAAGGCACGCGGGUUGAGCGACGCCGUGAUCAACCGGCUGACCACCUUCAACUCGAGCCACCUGAAGCUGGACCGGCUAAGUAGCAUCCUGAAAUCGAUGAAGCUGGCCCCGAUCAGUCCGACGCCGCUGCACUUCGAGUUUAUCGUGCAGUUCGAGGGCAAAGCGGUGCUGUGCUACCACCUCAACCAGACCACCUUCCACAAUCUGACCGAUGGCAACAUAAUCAACCGGAUCAACCUGCUGCGCGACAGUCACGUGAACAUGCAGAUCGUACGCCGCCCGUUCAUGAUCAAAUACGCGCUGCCGACGCUGAUCGGCACCCCGGCCGACAUACUGAUCGAGAACACGGUCCUGGCGACGGUCCGGGGCAACACGACGCAGCAGACCAUGCUGAUGGACAAGGUUGCCCGCAGUAAUCAGGUGGACGUACGGUACUCCUCGUACGCGGUUGUGAAGAUCCGCAGCUACAACCCGAUCGACGACGUCGAGUACUCGACGAUCCGCGAGCAGGGCUUCCUCGUGUACCUGCCGGUGAACAACGAGAUCGUGUGGGACAUUGCGGGCAAGUCGAUCAGCUACAGCUUCUACCGGCCGGAGAACAUGACCAGUGGGAUCUCGUUGAAAAGCCGCACACGAAACACGCCGACCGGGCACACCGACCGAGGAGGGAGGGCACCGGCCGAGCCGAGCGAAGAGGCAGCGAUCGCCAAGUACGGCUACCGGCUGGACGAUCUGGGCAUCCAGAUGGUGGCGCGCGUGCACCAGGACUACACCCGGGACAAUGUGAUGUUUAUGCUCGAGACGGACAUCCUGGACAACGCGAAGGUCCUGACGAAGGGCCCGUUCUCGCUCGUCAACAACGUGCUGCGGAUCAUCAGCCUGAUCCAGCUGAACACGAUCCACAUCGGGCGCGACAAACACCUGACGCUGCUGAUCUCGAACGACCAGAAGACGCUGCUCCAGGGCACGCUCAAGUGGGACACGCAGAACUACUCGAAGCAACCGGCCGUCCCGGAGAACGAGGUGCUGCGCGUGAACCUCAUCCUGGCGCACACCAUCCCGAAGCCGGCGGGCAGCCGGGACGAGGUGAAGGUGCUGCACAAGUGGGACAUCGUCUCGCAGUACACGAACUUCAAGUGUGACCGGGCGGCCCGCGUGUUCUUCUCGCUGACGCGCCAGGAGUGGAACAGCUCCAACUGGAAGAUGUGCUUUUCGGCGGACUAUCGGCCGCUGGUGUUCCUCCAGCGACCCUUCGCCCUGACCGGCGAGGUCGUGUUCGGGGAGACCAAGGUGCCGAAGCUGUGCCCGAAAGAGCCCCGGAUUGCGUUCAACGUGUCGUACCACCUGCCCGAGUACGUCGAGCAAAUCUACCAGGCACUCGACACCACCGACCGGUCCUGCCCGAAGGAGAUCCUGCGCCUAACGCCACCACCGUUCUCGGGUGAUUGCCAGGCACACCGGUUCACCCCGCUGACUACCGUGACGGGGCUCGAUGCGUACUUCAAAUUUACCAAGCUACCGUCGUGGAUUGACAUGCUGCUCCACCGGUUGGACCAUGCCGUGUCGGCGGUGGUACCGGGCCGCGUCCAGAUGCUCAACAUGACGGACCACAUCGACGUGCGGGUUAGUGUCCUGCCAGGAUCGAACGAUUCGAUCAUCCAGGUGAACGGUGCGCAAAUCUGGUUCCCGGCCCGCUUUUACCACAACGUCAAGCUGCACCAUUCGUACACGUCGCGCAUCGAGUACGGGUUCCUGAGCGUAUGUAGUUUGGUUAACAACAAACUGACCACCUUCAACGAUCGAGUCGUGCAGCUGACCGACUCGAACCGGGACGAGUACCGGGUGCGGGACAGCUUCCUACUAACCGCCGACUGCUCCGUCGCUCCUAAGCUGGCCAUCUUCGUGCUGGACGGCGGGAAGGGCGUCCAGAUUUACACCGGUGGCAACUAUCUGAUCUACGAGACGGGCCCGAGUGCAAACGCCACGACCAUGACGGUGAACAUUAAUGACGAGCAGUUGGUGGAUCUGCGUAACAUCGUGUACCAGUACCCGCCGGAUGACGAGUUCUACGACUUUCGGGUGUACAUCGAUCGGGAGGAUGUGCUGGUGGUCGAAAACCAGCUGAACGGAGCCGUGGCACAGUACGGGCCGACCGGGAUCGUCAAUCUGCUGCUACCGACCGUGCACAAGGGGCAAAUGUGUGGGCUUUGUAGUAGUGACCGCGAGUGAGCCAGAGCGCGAUUCUCCCGCGAACCACCAAGCGAACCUCGAUACGAUUGGCUCAGCAUGGUUCCUGUUCGUUUUGUUAGAGUACAUUGCU